AUGGACGAGGAGGAUGACUGCCCAGAGUUGGUCCCCAUAUCGGAAAGACUCUCACCUGGCAUGCAGAUACCUGUGACCAUCAUCACUGGCUACCUCGGUGUUGGGAAGACAACGCUGUUGAAUUACAUUUUAACGGAGCAACACAGAAAGAGAAUCGCUGUCAUACUCAAUGAAUUUGGAGAAGGAGGCGCUCUGGAGAAGUCUCUAGCUGUGAGCCAUGCAGGAGAGCUGUAUGAGGAAUGGCUGGAGGUCAGGAACGGCUGCCUCUGCUGCUCCGUCAAGUAUAGCCACAGUCAUCCACGCAACAUACGGAAUACAGGUCUCUAAAUAGUCUGGUCAAGAUUCUGGAAAGGGAGAAACCUGGACAAAGAGAUCCUACAGGAACAGUUCCUCUCAACAAUACUAAAGGUGGGGGACAGGAACUAAACAAGAACUCCCCCCUCUCUCUCCUCAUGGUGAACUAUUCCAGUUUAUUCUUGAUACACUUCACAUUUGGACCUACCUACUGCAAUUGUGUUAAUCCUCAUAAUUCUGGUGUUCCACUUCAGUCCAGGAGGACCUCAAAACGUUAUGGUAUUUACUGUUAAUGAUGACUACAUGUCCAAUCUGAUAAGCAUCUUAUUGACUACAAUACAGUAAGGUUUUACGGAGGACCAAUUGUUGAGACUUUGUGUAAUUGGGCCCCUUGCUCAGGGGCCAGAUGCUAUGAGGAAACAUUAGAUUAGUGUGUGAAUGGACUUAAUCCAUAAUCAACCAUGUUAGCUAUUUCAUUACCCAGUGAUACACCCGACCCUCAAUCAAGAUAAAGCGACAACUUGAGAAUAGAGAUGUGAUUAGCGCCCUUACUGUCAUUUUCUCUGUAAAAUGAUUUGAAACUUUGGAAACCCUUAACAAUACACCCCUAACAACGAAUAUCUUAUUAAUUGAAGUUUGAGUGUAUUCCUCAAUAGUUAGGCUGUUUUUAGGUCUGUAAAUUGUUGGUGAAGUUAAGGUUUUGUACAGACUUUUAUCACAUCUCAAAAGUGGUGCAACACAAAAUUAGGCUGGUCUGUAAAUGUCCACGCGCUUGACUAUUAGCUUGUGAAUACGUUUAAAUC